ACAAGACGACGGUUGAGAGGACUUGCCAAUAACUGAAUAAAGACACUUUCAUCUAAACAGAAUCGCGUGUCCAAGAGACAUCAUUGGUCGCAACAUUCCCGCAGACGACCUGUGCUGAGCCUGGGAAAGUGGCACGAACAUUAGAUGAAACUAAUGACCCCAGACUUCAGCGUGAAAGCGUGGGACUGGCGCGUACGCCGAAAACUCCAACGUAGUCUUAUCUGUAAGUCACCGUGCUUGUUUGACUUGACGCGAAGCGAUAAGAAGGUCGUGAUAAGGCUUUCAUAGUGAGGUUAGGCACUGGCAGAAAUCGAACCUGUGAUAUAUAGAUAGGCUAAAAUCUCGCCAGUGAGAUGCUCGGCCCAGAUACAAGGACGGUUUCUAAUUCGGUUUCGCCCUCGCUGUGACACAGAAUGUCAAUUACUCAGUUACAGAGGACAGACAGCAACCUAUAUAUCCAUCUGCUAAAAUUAAAAGAAGAGUUAUGGAACUCUGCAUUGUCAUUUUACUAACAGAGUGAACCGUUGCUGACAGCAGUGCGUAAAGUAGUAGAGUGAACUACAGAGAGAGAGAGAGAGUAUAUUUUAUCACUAGAAUUAAGCCCAGAGAAAGAAACCUGAACUAUAAAACUGCUGGGGUGAAUCAAAACAGUGAUUAAUUAAACUUUAAUGACGCUGCAGCUAUCAUAGAGUACUACGGGCACUAACAAUACUAGGCCAAAUACGACUGAGAUACUUCAUGCACCGCACGCACGGAACCGAGGUUUUAAAACAAAGCCAUAUAAGCCCUAACCCCGAUCUUGAACGUCACAACACGACAACCACAUAAAAAGGAGUAAAGGCCAUACAUAAGCGGCCUGUCGUAACCCUUGAGAAUAUUUGUCUGUCUGUGACUCAGGGCAUUUUUCUUACUGUGACUACAGCAUAAAAUUUCUAGGGUAUAUAGUCGGUGGAAAUACUCAGUACUAUUGUUGAAGACAUCCAAAAGAAAGAACACCAGUUCGUUUUUUUUCUAUAAUAUUAUACGAUACAGUAAAAACGAUAUAUUACUAGAAACGGACGGUGUAUUUUUCUCAUUCUUUGCUUUGAUACACUGGCUGUAGUACAGAUUGUCACAGCGAAGUCUAGACUACACAAGCAUUGAUCUAUCUUAUAACUUCGAAGACACGGAGGAUUCUGUCAAACUUUUUAAACAAGGGCAGGAGAAACACACUGGAAUGCGGACGUGCAUUGGCAAGCGCCUUAUCAAGUCCACUGCUAUCACUGAGUUAUUUGUAUAACAACAAACAACGAGACUGCUUUAAGUCAACAGUGAUCUCAAAAAAGCACCCUCUGGUGGCCCGUCAAAUCGGAACAUAAGGCGAGAUAUGACACAACGUUUUUCAGGGACUCGGUGUAUGUGUAACCGUAUAUAAACAAUGGGCGAACCUGAGACACCAUAUAUCACAGUUAUGGCGGUGCUGAGUGACUAAGUUAUGCUCAUGGACAUAGUAACAUUUAUUUCCCGUAAGGCAUAAAGGAAGGCACGUGAACACGAUUGUUUAAGCUGGGAUUUAAGGAUUCAACAAUUCAGCAACUGCGUAACGCUGUGACAUAAACGCUAUUAAUCAUCGUGUCUUAUAUGUUUGUUAACUAUAUGCUGCGUCUCUCCAAACGCGUCGAUGUUUUGAGGACUCAGUAAUUCAAGGGACGCCUCACCACUUUAAGUUGUGGUUGACCCAAAGAUGGCAGAGACAGAAAAAGAAAACGCUGAAGCUCCGUCGCCAGUGCCUGAAGAUGGAGACCUAGAGGCAGAGGAAAAUACCCAAAAAGGAGACGACGUUCGCGAUGAUGGAGUGAAUGAUGAUGGAAAGGAGUUCAGUGUACUGAAUGAAAGAGAUGAAUCAAAACCCCAAGAGAAGAGCGAAAAUGACAAUGUUUUUAACAGUGGGGAUGACUCUGAUAUUCUCAACAUCAGUUACAGAUCACAACCUCGCGGUUUUUCUACAUUCAAACGUCCAAAAACGAACAAUCAAGGCAGUAACGGAAAUCUUUCUUUUUCUACGACUCCACAAAAUAACAACGUGAACGGACUAGCGAAUUCGAACAGCAGUAUUGGUGGAUAUAGCAACUCUUCUACCGAAAAACUCAAAAACGGAUCUGAUCCGGAUAUAUUUGAGCUGCAACCGUUGGAUCCGUACAAAAUCAGUUUUAAACAACAGGAUUAUUUCAGAACGGAUGCAGACGUGGAGGAUGGACGCCAGGACAGGACGGCCUCGGAGACAUCCAUGGAUUUAUUCAUUCCAAUUCCGCUUGGGCCAAGAGAGUCAUCAGAGCCAGACGGCAGUCGCACGUUGUAUACGCGCAUGAACACAAAUCAAACCGACGCCGAAUCUUUGGACGGCAAGCGGCAAUGUAUGUGCUCCGGGAGAGUAGCUCUUAUUAUUUUGGGAAUUGUCCUCCUUCUGGCAGCUUUGGGCGGAGGAGGGUAUGGUAUUUAUGCAGCAGUGUCUGGCUCUGCACCGGAAACAAGCGCGCUAUCAGGAAAUUCCACCACCGCAUCAGCGGAGGAACUUACCAGCACAAUCGACUCGGUCACAACCGUCUCACCUACCGCAACUAGCUCAUUCGCCGUGACAUCAACGGCGCCUGCUUCUUCGAGAACAGACGCUGAGCAGUCCACAUUCCAAACGUCAGCGAUGACUGACUCAUCUUCGACUUAUCCCGGUUCUGUAGCAACUUCAUCUCUGCCCUCUGGGUCAACUGUUACGCCCAUGAUUAACGGUACUAUGACAACGGUUUCGCCGUCAACGGUUGCAGAGAUUUCAUUGACAACGGGGACUUCAUUGACAACAGGGACAUCAAAUAUAUCAUCAACAUCACCAGCAUUGACCAGCACUUCCACAGCAACAACGACGACAGCGUUUUUAACGCCAACAACUACUGCGACAACUACAACGAAUACGACAACAAAGUCAACAACGCCUUCAACUGCACCAACAACUACGGCAGAGACGACUGCAAUCAUAACAAACGCUACAGUGAAAUCUUCAACAUUGCCAACGACAGUAACAAUCAAUGUUAACGAAACGACACUAACACCAACGCCUACUUCAACCAACGGCACUCUACCCGUAGACAGUGACCCUGCCAGCAACAUACCUUCUAAUUCAUCAGCUGUCAAUGACAGUUCUAUUGUUGCUGACGAUCCACUACUUUUGACGUCACCACCUUCAUCGACUCUGUCGUUGUCUUCCACGUCUGCUUCUUCUCCGUCUACUAAUACUACUAAUUCUUUACCUUCGACAUCCUCUUCCUUUGCAUCGCCAUCAACAACAACAACAACAACAGCAACAUCAUCAUCAUCAUCAUCAACAGCAACAGCAACAUCAUCAUCAUCAACAACAACAGCAACAACAACAUCAUCAUCAUUAACAACAACAGUAACAACAACAACAUCAUCAUCAACAACAACAACAGCAAUAGCAUCAAUGCCCACAAGUGUUUCUCAAUACAAUACAUCGCAUUCUCCUCCAAUGAAUUCUUCUUUGCCUUCUAAUUCAUCUCUAUCUAGUUCAAAUUCUUCUUCAUCCCCGACCAUUAUUUCUACAAUUCCACCAACUAACUCAUCUCUCACUAAUUCUUCUAAUUCACCGCCUUCUUUCAAUCAUUCCUCCUCCCCUCUUCCAUCUGUAAAUGCUUCUUCAUCGACAAACCAUUCCGCUUCGAAUGCAUCAUUUUCUGACCCAACUCUGUCUCCCACUAAUGCAACUUCAAUCAGUUCCCCUACAACAGUUGGGACGUCGGUUUCCAGUCAGUCUUCCGCCUUAACUACACUCGAGUCCACAACCACUUUCUCUUCAACAACAACACAACAAUACAUAACAACAACACCACUAACAACAACAAUAAUGACACCACCACCUCCAACAACAAUAACAACAUCAUCGCCGACAUCGCCUACUUCAUUUACAAACACUACAACGACAACUCCCGUUUCUCUGAACAAAACAGUGUCUCAGGACUAGAUACUAAAUAUGUCUUCAGCAUCUUUAACAACACCAUCAACACCAGCGUUCUCAGGCUCUGAUGCCUAGAUCUCAGAACCCACCACUUUGAAUACAACGACACUUCUGAUAGGUGCGUAUUCUAGUCGUUGCGACGUAACAGGGCCGGAAUCAUUUGACGUCACACCCUGAGUGGUUGCAUUGAUGCCACAUUUUCUGUGAUAGGCCCAUGUUUACGUCGCAAGUUACAGGACAAUCGUCACAUGCAGCACGUAUAUACGUAGGCUUAGAUGGCGCACAUUACAGGGGCAUGCUGACGUUAUCUAUACUUGGUAUACUGGGGUAAAUUUGAUGCCAGAAAUAACGUUCACGUAAUGUGAGUUUAUGGUGUGUUAACGUCACACAGAGCGCACCCCAACCCCGACUUCCUGUCAUCAUUCACGGAGAAAAAUAUCAUAAUUUUUUGUUAUGAUGUUGAAUAGUAAUAUUAUUAUUUUUCCAAAUAAGAGAAGAGACAUUCGAUCGUGGCAAAAUACAACAGCUGAUACUUGCGCUCUUAGAAUUUUUUUGAGGAUGUGCAAUGAGGAUGUUACAUGGUACAAGGAACAGCGUACCAGGAAGUAAAAUCGUUUUUAGCAAAUGAACAUGACUGCUAGAUAAGGGUUGAAUGUUUGUUCCUCUGCUUUUCAAGAAUGCUUAGAUUACACAAGUAUAUAACAAUGAAGACGAUAUUUUCCUUGUUGCGUAGCUUUGCGCAUAUGUUUAGUCUAUUUGUUACUCGAUCUUGAAACCGAAUUGAAACUUUCUGCCAGCAGAGUAGAAAAUUAUUACUGACUAUGCAAUGCUGGUACUAAAAUAUAAAAAAUACUCAAGUAAUGCACGUCUAUUAAAUGGUUUUAUUUAUUCUUACUUCACUUCAGUGUAAGCCUAUGGAACUGAUACCCAAAUACACCGUAAGUCCCAUAAGUCCCUUUCUAUUUUUUUUCAAGGGUGAAUAACAUGGAUUGAUACAUUGUCCAAUCACGUUUCCCAUAUAUUGGUUUAGAAAGUGCUUAGCCCAGUAUUAAGUAAAAAAGCGUAUUGUUUUAUAGUGAUUAUAGACAAUAAUUCUGAGUAUUUUAGUUGGUAUUAUGCAGUUCUAUAUUAACCAUUGUUAUAGUUGAAUUCAAGAAAAUUAAAAUAAAAAUAA